UUAUUAUUUACGAACCCCUCUUCGAGUGUCUCUCUAUCCAAGUCGAGAAUCCUUUCUCCACCCAACUACUUCCUUGUAACCCCUCAACCCCGGCCGUGGACCCUGUUUCGACUCACUCACUCACUACAACCCUUCACCCCUGGUUCCAGUGUAUUGUUUCUCUAACAAUCCACUCUUUCUUCCGCAGUCUUCUCCAGCCCUACCACUUCUGCCCCGCUAUCCUACUCUACCACCUCGCUGCCGCUUCGUUCAGGCCGCGGCUUUUCACCCGUUUUCAGGAGUAUACCGUCUCAGCAACAGCGCACCAUGUCGUCCAACCCGGGCCGACGGCUCAACAUCGACAACAUCAACCCGCACGUCCGGUCCGCCAAGUACGCCGUGCGAGGUGAGCUGGCCGUCAAGUCGGAGGAGUACCGCGCUGCCCUACACAACGGUGCGACCGAUCUGCCUUUCAACCAGGUCAUCUCGGCCAACAUCGGCAACCCGCAGCAGCUCGACCAGAAGCCCAUCACCUUCUUCCGCCAGGUCCUCAGCAUCCUGGAGAACCCGACCCUGCUCGAGAAGAGCGAUGUGUUGGUGAACCACCUGGGCUACAAGCCCGACGUGCUGGAGCGGGCCAAGAAGCUGCUUGCCGCGGUUGGCUCUGUAGGUGCCUACAGUGCUAGCAAUGGCGUCCCCGCCAUCCGUCAGAGCAUCGCCGACUUCCUUGAGAGGCGUGAUGGCUUCCCCGCCAACCAGGCCGACGUCUACCUCUCGGCCGGCGCCUCCUCAGGUGUCAACACCCUCCUGCACGUCAUCUGCGCCAACGAGAAGUCCGGCAUCCUCGUGCCCAUCCCGCAGUACCCCCUGUACACCGCCUCCCUCUCGCUCCUGAACGCCGCCUGCGUGCCGUAUCUCCUGGACGAGCAGAAGAACUGGGGCACCGACCUGGCCACCAUCAAGGCCGCCCACGAGAAGGCCGAGGCCGAGGGCGUCGACGUGCGCGCCAUCGUCAUCAUCAACCCGGGCAACCCGACGGGCGCCUCGCUCGCCGAGGAAGACAUCCGCGCCGUCAUCGACUUCGCCCGCGAGAAGCGCCUCGUGAUCCUCGCCGACGAGGUCUACCAGACCAACGUCUUCGUCGGCGAGUUCAUCAGCUUCAAGCGCAUGCUGCGGCAGAUGCAGCAGGAGCAACCGGGCGCCUACGACGCCGUCGAGCUGGCCUCGCUCCACUCCGUCUCCAAGGGCAUGGUCGGCGAGUGCGGCCACCGCGGCGGCUACUUCGAGCUCGUCAACUUCGACCCGCAAGUCCAGGCCGAGAUCUACAAGUUCGUCUCCAUCAUGCUGUGCGCCCCCGUCAUCGGCCAGUGCCUGGUCGAGCUCAUGGUCAACCCCCCGCGCGCCGGCGAGCCCUCGCACGAGCUCUACGCCCGCGAGUACGACGCCAUCUUCGGCGGCCUGCGCGAGCGCGCCGCCGCCCUGCACCGCGCGUUCGAGCAGAUGGAGGGCGUCCAGUGCGGGCCCCCGCAAGGCUCCAUGUACCUCUUCCCCACCAUCGACCUGCCCCGCCGCGCGGCCGAGGCCGCGGCCGCUGAGGGCCGCACCCCGGAUGAGUUCUACUGCAUGCGUCUUCUUGAGGCCACGGGCGUGUGCGUCGUGCCCGGGUCCGGGUUCGGCCAGAAGGAGGGCACGCUGCACUUCCGUACUACUUUCCUUGCCCCUGGGACGGAGUGGGUCGGCAGUAUUGUUAAGUUUCAUGCUGAGUUUAUGGAUAAGUACCGCUGAGGGGGGUUGUUGUUCUGGAAAAGGGAAGGGCGUGUGGUUUGGGGGAAAGGGAUAAGGAGAUGCUUGGAUGAAGCAAGGCGUUUGUGUUGGGUGUUGGUUGGUUGGACCUCAAAAAAGAACAAGAAAUACGGUCUACCUGGUAUUUUGAUAAACGGAGCAUCGCAUAGCAUUGCAUGCCUUGGUUUAGUUUUAGAUGAGCCUUGGGUUUGUGUGAGCGAAGGGGGAAAGAGAGUCCGUUCCACUCAGU